AUGCAACAUGAAUUGGAUGCCAACCACCGUUAAACCUCAUAGAAGAAGAAGAAGAAUUUCCGAUGAAGUCACGCAGUCGAGUUGUGUACGUUGUUCGCAUGAGGUUCCUUGAUUAGCAAAACAUUAACUAAGAACUCUUGAUAUUAUAACUACGCGAAUUAAAGGACGGUAUUCCUACACAUCUAUUUUCAGGGGCUCUUUUGAGGUUAAAACGGGAUUUUUUAUAUUUUUACAUUCUGUUUUUUUCCAGCGAGGUUUGGUCUAGCUAACAAACAGAAGCGAAGGCCCCCAGAGCAUUUCGCUAGCUUCUAGUAGCCACCGACAAUGGAAGGAUUUGGAAAGGCGCUGAUGUCUGGAACCCUUGUCCCAGCUAAUCCUGUAACAACAGUUGCUCUUCGACAACCUCCCGAGGAAACAAAGAAAACAAAUCGAAAGGUGCUCGAUGAAGAGAACUACAUAGAGGUAACGUACCGUUGUGGAACAGAUAGCUAAGUUAUAGUAGUACAGUAGGUAGCUAGCUAGUGCAGAUUCUACCCUAACGUUACCUGCAGCUGGCUUAUAAUACAGUAAGCCUAACUUAGUGUUGUUGCAAAUCUGAGUUUUAAGGUCAAUACAGAUAAAGGUGAUUAAACACACAUACUAGUGAUGUUAUACACAAAAUAUACGAAAGUAUGUGGACACCCCUUCAAAUGAGUGGAUUCGGCUAUUCAGCCACACCCGUUGCUGACGGGUGUAUAAAGUCGAGCACACCGCCAUGCAAUCUCCAUAGACAAACAUUGGCAGUAGAAUGGCCUUACUGAAGAGCUGUGACUUUCAACGUGGCACCAUCAUAAAUUGCAACCUUUCCAACAAGUCAGUUAAUCAAAUUUCUGCCCUGCUAGAGCUGCCCCGGUCAACUGUAAGUGCUGUUAUUGUGAAGCAACAACGGCUCAGCCUUGAAGUGGUAGGCCACAGAAGCUCACAGAACAGGACCGCCGAGUGCAGAAGCGCGUAAAAAUCAUCUGUUCUCGGUUGCAACACUCACUACUGAGUUCCAAACUGCCUCUGGAAGCAAUGUCAGCAAGAACUGUUAGUAGGGAGCAUAAUGAACUGGGUUUCCAUGGCCAAGCAGCCGCAUACAAGCCUAAGAUCACCAUGCGCAAUGCCAAGCGUCGGCUGGAGUGGUGUAUAGCUCGCCGCCAUUGGACUCUGGAGCAGUGGAAACUCGUUCUCUGGAGUGAUGAAUCACGCUUCACUAUGGCAGUCCAAUGGAUGAAUCUGGGUUUGGCGUAUGCCACGAGAACACUACCUGCUCCAAUGCAUAGUACCAACUGUAAAGUUUGGAGGAGGAGGAAUAAUGGUCUGGGGCUGUUUUUCAUAGUUCGGGCUAGGCCCCUUAGUUCCAGUGAAGGGAAAUCUUAAAGCUACACCAUACAAUGACAUUCUAGACGAUUCUGUGCUUCCACCUUUGUGGCAACAGUUUGGGGAAGGCCCUUUCCUGUUUCAGCAUUACAAUGCCCCCUUGCACAAAGCGAGGUCCAUACAGAAAUGGUUUGUUGAGAUCAGUGUGGAAGAACAUGACUGGCCUGCACAGAGCCCUGACCUCAACCCCAUCGAACACCUUUGGGAUGAAUUGGAACACCGACUGCGAGCCAGGCUUAGUCGCCCAACAUCAGUGCCCAACCUCACUAAUGCUCUUGUGGCUGAAUGGAAGCGAGUCCCCGCAGCAAUGUUCCAACAUCUGGUGGAAAGCCUUCCCAGAAGAGUGGAGGCUGUUAUAGCAGCAAAGGGGGGACCAACUCCAUAUUAAUGCCCAUGAUUUUGGAAUGAGAUGUUCGACGGGCAGGUGUCCACAUACCUUUGGUCAUGUAGUGUAUCGACAGCCCCAUUGUUGUAUGUGCGUUGUGGCUAGGCCAUUUUGAUAUUUGCCAAUGACUUCCUAACUUGUUUACAUGUGUUUGUAUGACUUUCAACAGAAUUUAGAGAAGAUCAUCCAGAGGGACUUUUUUCCAGAUGUGACAAAGUUACAAGCGCAGAAGGACUACCUCGAAGCUGAGGAAAAUGGGGAUCUUGGGAAGAUGAGGGAGAUAUCCAUUAAAUAUGGGUCAUCUUUAGCCAAGUCCACACCACUCUCCACUGCCCCAUGUGAGUAAGAUGAUAAGUCAACUGUGUCCACUAAAGUCUUUUUCACAUAAUGCACUGGUUGUCUAUGAAUGCAGCAGUGGUGUUAUACUAAUAUCCCCACCACUUGAUUGUUUAGAUGUUACUCCAGCUUCCUUUGAGACACCAGAGGGUUGUCCUGGAUCUCCCUCUUCUGUACUGGGCAAAACCAAGAAAGGAGCAGACAGCGGUAAGUUCUUGUUCACUAUUGUGACUGAGAAUGGCACAAAUCACAGCACUACUCAGUCUGAGGACACCGAACUUUAAAUAUGAACACCAUUACUUUGGCUCUCAAGACUAUGUAGAAAGUAGCUUUUCCAGCUGUUAUGAUCUAGUGGUCAUUGGAUUGUUGAUUUAUUAUAUAGUACAUUUUAGUCAUUUAGCAGACGCUCUUAUCCAGAGCGACUUACAGUAAUGAGGGCAUACAUUUUAGUACUUUUCCCGCACUGGUCCCCCGUGAGAAUCAAACCCACAACCCUGGCGUUCCAAGCACCAUGCUCUACCAACUGAGCCACACGGGACAUAGUACUAUGUAAAGGUGAUUUAUUAUAUAGUACUAUGUAAAUAACUUUUUUUAUUAGCGUUUAUAUAUAUAUAUAUAUAUAUAUAUAUAUAUAUAUAUAUAACCAAAAAAUGUAGGGGGUAGAUCAGCUUUAAUACUGCAGAUUGUAGCUUCCAUUAAUGUAAUUGUCUGCAUCCAUUUCUAAUCCACCAUAUAUUAUAUUAUUAUUAUUUAUUAUAUUAUAUUAUUAUUAUAUAUUAUUAUUAUUAUUUUUAUAUUUAAAAAUAUAUAUAUUUUCCUUUAUUAUUUUCCCCUAACUCUACCACCUCUUCCCUAAUUGGAGUAAACUAAUGGACAACAACACUUAGGCUUCUACUUCCACCUUAUACAUACUAUAUACAUUUUACAGACACAAUGUAUUUUACAAUAGUUAUCUUUUGUUUGUUUUUAAUCCCAUCCUUCAGCUACCAUCAACCCCUCCCAUCUAUCUCUGAAGACCAGUUUGAUUUCUAUUUUGCCAUAUAUUUUAAACUGUGCUGUUUCACAAAAGUUCUGAACAUAUAUAUUUUACAGACACAGUAUAUUUUACAUUAGUUAUCUUGUUGUUUUUAAUCCCACCCUUCAGCUCCACUCAACCCCUCCCAUCUAUCGAUGUAAAGAACUUAAUUACAGCAAUAAUACUUCAUCCCUGUGUUUGUUGAUAUUGUGUUUGUAGUGAAUAAGGAAGGAGAUGAGGAGGAGAAAGAGCUGCCAUGUCUUGAUCGUUUCCUGGCUAAGAACACAAGCGAGGAUAAUGCAUCCUUUGAGCAGAUCAUGGUUCUAGCAGAAGACAAGGAGAAGUUGAGGCAUUCGUGGUUGUAUGAGGCAGAGGCUGAAUUUAAACAGGUACACUUGGCGUAAUCUCUCCUUUGAUAGUUUGAACUCUCGUUUGGUUGAUGUGAAUUGUACACUACUCAAAUGUUUAAGUAUGUAAUGCUUAUGGAGUGUAAUGUCUUGAUUUGAAAGCGAUAAUAUUUUUUGCCUUCAAUUAGCAGAGAUUAUAACCUGCCUGUUUGUUGUUUUUAGCGGCAUGAAGAAAACCUUGCCCUGCCGUCAUCAGAGAAGCAGGCCCUUGAGUGUGUGAAGGCAGGACUAGAGACCUGGGAGUACAAAGCAAAGAAUGCCCUUAUGUACUAUCCAGAGGGUGAGGAUUGACGUUUUCCUGCAUGAGAAAUGUUCCUGUUAUCUUGCUUGAUUAUAAUGUGCGCUGUAUGGGGUGCAUGAAGCCAUGGAGUCACACCUACCAACACCAUGCAGUGCAUUCGGAAAGUAUUCAGACCCCUUGACUUUUUCCACAUUUUGUUAUGUUACAGCCUUAUUCGAAAGUUGAUUAAAUCGUUUUUUUUCCCUUAAUCAAUGUACACACAAUACCCCAUAAUGACAAAGCAAAAACAGGUUUUUAGAAAUGAUUGCAAUUUUAUUUAAAAAACUAAUUUAUAUAAGUAUUCAGACCAUUUACUCAGUACUUUGUUGAAGCACCUUUUGGCAGCGAUUACAGCCUUGAGUCUUCUUGGGUAUGAUGCUACAAGCUUGGCACACCUGUAUUUGGGGAGUUUCUCCCAUUCUUCUCUGUAGAUCCUCUCAAGCUCUGUCAGGUUGGAUGGGGAUCGUCGCUGCACAGCUAUUUUCAGGUCUCUCUAGAGAUGUUCAAGUCCGGGUUCUGGCUGGGCCACUCAAGAACAUUCAGAGACAUGUCACGAAGCCACUCCUGCAUUGUCUUGGCUGGGUGUUUAGGGUCAUUGUCCUGUUGGAAGGUGAACCUUCGCCCCAGUCUGAGGUCCUGAGUGCUCUGGAGCAGGUUUUCGUCAAGGAUCUCUCUGUACUUUGCUCUGUUCAUAUUUCCCUCGAUCCUGACUUGUCUCCCAGUCCCUGCCGCUGAAAAACAUCCCCACAGCAUGAUGCUGCCACCACCAUGCUUCACCACAGGGAUGGUAUUGGCCAGGUGAUGAGCGGUGCCUGGUUUCCUCCAGACGUGAUGCAUGGCAUUCAGGCAAAAUAGUUAAAUCUUGGUUUCAUCAGACCAGAGAACCUGGAUUCUCAUUGUCUGAGAGUCCUUUAGGUGCCUUUUGGCAAACUCCAAGCGGCCUGUCAUGUGCCUUUUACUGAGGAGUGGCUUCCGUCUGGCCACUACCAUAAAGGCCUGAUUGGUGGAGUGCUGCAGAGAUGGUUGGUCUUCUGGAAGGUUCUCCCAUCUCCACAGAGGAAAUCUGGAGCUCUGUCAGUGACCAUCGGGUUCUUGGUCACCUGCCUGACCAAGGCCAUUCCCCCCGAUUGCUCAGUUUGGCUGGGCGGCCAGCUCUAGGAAGAGUCUUGGUUGUUCCAAACUUCUUUCAUUUAAGAAUGAUGGAGGCCACUGUGUUCUUGGGGACAUUCAAUGCCGCAGACAUUUUUUGGUACCCUUCCCCAGAUAUGUGCCUCGACACAAUCCUGUCUCGGAGCUCUACGGACCAUUCCUUCGACCUCAUGGCUUGGUUUUUGCUCUGACAUGCACUGUCAACUGUGGGACCUUAUAUAGACAGGUGUGUGCCUUUCCAAAUCAUGUCCAAUCAAUUGAAUUUACCACAGGUGGUGCAACCAAUUACCUUCAGAAGUCACAUAAUUAGUUAAAGUCCACCUGUGUGUAAUCUAAGUGUCACAUGAUCUGUCACAUGAUCUCAGUGUAUAUAUACACCUGUUCUGAAAGGCCCCAGAGUCUGCAACACCACUAAGCAAGGGGCACCACCAAGCAAGCGGCACCAUGAAGACCAAGGAGCUCUCCAAACAGGUCAGGGACAAAGUUGUGGAGAAGUACAGAUCAGGGUUGGGUUAUAAAAUAAUAUGCAAAACUUUGAACAUCCCAUGGAGCACCAUUAAAUCCAUUAUUAAAAAAUGAAAAUAAUAUGGCACCACAACAAACCUCCCAAGAGAGGGCCGCCCACCAAAAGUCACGGACCAGGCAAGGAGGGCAUUAAUCGGAGAGGCAACAAAGAGACCAAAGAUAACCCUGAAGGAGCUGCGAAGCUCCACAGCGGAGAUUGGAGUAUCUGUCCAUAGGACCACUUUAAGCUGUACACUCCACAGAGCUGGGCUUUACGGAAGAGUGGCCAGAAAAAAGCCAUUGCUUAAAGAAAAAAAUAAGCAAACAUGUUUGGUGUUCGCCAAAAGGCAUGUGGGAGACACCCAAACAUAUGGAAGAAGGUACUUUGGUCAGAUGAGACUAAAAUUUAGCUUUUUGGCCAUCAAGGAAAACGCUAUGUCUGGUGCAAACCCAACACCUCUCAUCAACCCGAGAACACAAUCCCCACAGUGAAGCAUGGUGGUGGCAGCAUCAUGCUGUGGGGAUGUUUUUCAUCAGCAGGGACUGGGAAACUGGUCAGAAUUGAAGGAAUGAUGGAUGGCGCUAAAUACAGGGAAAUUCUUGAGGGAAACCUGUUUCAGUCUUCCAGAGAUUUGAGACUGGGACGGAGGUUCACCUUCCAGCAGGACAAUAACCCUAAGCAUACUGUUAAAGCAACUCUCAAGUGGUUUAAGGGGAAACAUUUAAAUGUCUUGGAAUGGCCUAGUCAAAGCCCAGAGCUCAAUCCAAUUGAGAAUCUGUGGUAUGACUUAAAGAUUGCUGUACACCAGCGGAACCCAUCCAACUUGAAGGAGCUGGAGAAGUUUUGCCUUGAAGAAUGGGCAAAAAUCCCAGUGGCUAGAUGUGCCAAGCUUAUAGAGACAUACCACAAGAGACUUGCAGCUGUAAUUGCUGCAAAAGGUUGCUCUACAAAGUAUUGACUUUGGGGGGGUGAAUAGUUAUGCACGCUCAAGUGUUCUUUUUUUGGGGUCUUAUUUCUUGUUUGUUUUACAUUUUGCAUCUUCGAAGUGGUAGGCAUGUUUUGUAAAUCAAAUGAUACAAACCCCCCAAAAAUCAAUUUUAGUUCCAGGUUGUAAGGCAACAAAAUAGGAAAAAUGCUAAGGGGGGUGACUACUUUCGCAAGCCACUGUAUUUAAUCCAUUUUAGAAUAAGGCUGUAACGUAACAAAAUGUGUGAAAAAUGAAGGGGUUUGAAUACUUUCCGAAUUCACUGUAUGUGUAGGCUAAGCUAGUACCUACAUGAUUGAAUUAAUUGUGUUUCAGGUGAAUUAAUUGAGUUGAACACCUUCAUGAUCUUAUUUUAAUAAGGUGUCAAGGAUGAUGACACACUCUUCAAGAAGCCUAGGGAGGUGAUUCACAAGAACACUCGUUUCGUGGGAGACCCCUUCAGCAAAGCCCUUAACAAAUGCCAGCUUCAGCAGGCUGCAGCACUCAAUGCACAGGUAAAGUCCUUGUCUGACAUGUUAUUGGUUUUAAGUAAAUGGUUUUAUCCAAUUUUUAGUGAAGGGAUUUUAAAGUAGAGAAACUUUAAGGUCGGGUAUCUAAAGAUCAAAUUAAGUGGAUUGUUCCUGAAUGAUUUAUCUGACAUUGCGAGUGUUUCUCUAGUUCAAACAGGGUAAAGUAGGCCCAGAUGGCAAAGAGCUUAAUGCCCAGGAUUCCCCUAAUGUUAACGGAUAUGGGUUUGAAGGAACUCCCUGCCCUUCCCCAGGUAAGUAAGUAUGUAUGUUAUGUUGAAGUAUAGAUCACUUUCAAUAUUCUCAACUACAAAAUAACUCGACUACAUAAAAACCAAACUCCUCUAACCUGAUAUUGUCCUGUCAGGUAUGGCUGAGUCCCCCCUGAUGACCUGGGGAGAGAUAGAGAGCACCCCCUUUCGCUUGGAUGGGUCUGACUCACCGUUUCAAGAGCGGAACAUCGGCCCAUCAUUUAAGGUACUGUUCUUAAUUUUUGUUUUGCUGCAUUUGCUCGGAUUAGGUAGUUGAUUAACCUGAGAAUUUUACACACAGAUUCCCGAACCAGGAAGGAGAGAGCGGUUGGGUUUGAAAAUGGCCAAUGAGGCUGCAGCCAAAAACCGGGCAAAGAAGAAAGAAGCAUUGCGAAAGGUCACAGAAAACCUUGCAAGGUAAAAACUGAUGGAUGAUUUACAUAACUGCAUUGCUUUGGUCUAAAUACAAAAGCUCAUGUUUCUUUCAUAGCUCAUUCCUAUGACCUCUUGUUAUACACAAUUCUUAGUCAUUUUUAAAUGAUUGUAUUAAUUAUUUUGAACCUCAUUUCUGUCUUGCAGUCUCACACCAAAAGGCCUGAGCCCAGCAUUGACUCCUGCCCUUCAGAGGCUUGUAAACAGGACCUCCAGCAAAUACACAGAUAAAGCUCUAAGGGCAAGCUACACACCAUCGCCCACACACAGAGGAGCAGGCUCCAAAACUCCCCUGGGUGGUCCAGCCACUCCCUCAGGCACUCCGACACCAAGCAAAGCCAGGACCCCCGCCUCCCAGGACCCAGCGUCCAUCACAGACGACCUACUGCAGCUUCCCAAGAGGAGGAAAGCCUCUGACUUCUUCUGACCGGGGUGAAGCAAAACUGAGAAAGAACAGUUAUCUUGAGGAAGUGAACUCCUACAUCAUGCAAGUUGUCAUCAAGCAAAUUACUGGCCAUGGGGUGUUUCUCUCUCUACCCCACCUCAUGCCCUCCUUCUGGAUUUUAUGGACUUGCCUUUUAUGACUGGAACAGCCUGUGCACAAAGGAUAGUUGCAAAUCUCAGGUCAUUACUCUUCUUAGGGUGUUGGAAAGAAAGGCAUAGUAUGUACUGCGUUAGAAAAACUUCCAAGACUGGAUUACUGAAAUCUGUGGGUUCCAGAGAGAUCCUAUAAUUGUACAUAGCCUAGACUGAUAUGAUUUGAAUUUUGGUGGAUGUUACGAUGAGGCUUCAUAGAUUUUUGUAAAUAUGUUAAUGUAAGCCUCUAUUUUGUAUGCCUCUAUCUGCAAUAUAAUAUUUCAGUCAAUCUAAAAAAAUGCCUUCGAGUGAUUUUGUUUUAUAGAAUUUGUUUGUAAACCUGAAAUGUUAACACUCACCUUUUAUCAUAGCAGACUCAACAUGUGAAGAAAUGUAACUAUAAGUCUAUAUGGUUAAUCUUGACAAAGAUGUAUGCUUAAUUUAUUCUUAACUAAUUAGGUGGAAUGAA